GAAGUCCGUGCUUUCACUUUAUGGGUCUAGUCCUUGAUUCGGCUUAUUGCAUUGCCACCGGACGUUGGGAAAAAAUCCUAAGCCCAAUCAAUUUAAUCUCAGCCCAAAUUGCCUGAAUCACGUGCCUUCGUCUUGCAAGUCCUCACGAUAUAUACAGUGGUUUUUUCCCAGAAAAUGAAAACCCCACAAACCCUAUUUUCUUUUCCGCCAAGUUAGUUCUAAAACCUUACAGAACUACGCUUAAGAAUGGUAGGGGCAAAUCUGAAAUCGGAGACGAUGAAGCUGAUGGACAAGAGAAGUGCAAUGGAGGCUGAGAUGAACGCCAUAAUUGAACAGCUUUGUCAACCUGGGGGUCCUGGUCUCUCUGGCAACCUCGUCGAUUCCAAAGGUUUUCCUCGUGCUGAUAUUGACAUCCCUGUUGUUCGAGCACAACGGCAUCGUCUUGCUGAACUGAAAAAUGAUCACCAGGAAAUUACAGAAAAAAUUGAUGUUAAUAUUCAAGUUUUGCAUUCAGCAAAACUCACGUCAACUCCUAAAGAUUCAGGUGUUGAAACGAAUCAAAAUGCAUCAGUUGCUGGUGCAUCAGCGUCCUUGCAAAACCUUGUUUUGAGGGAUUCUUCGAGUGCGAAUGAUGUGGAUAUGAUUUCUAGUAUGCCCUUUGCAAUGGUUGAUGAAAUAGCUGAUGCAUCUCCGGCAGCUGAGGAUGGUUUACAACUUGGAGACCAGAUUGUGAAAUUUGGUAAUGUGAAAGCUGGAGAUAGUUUGCUACAACGACUUGCUUCUGAAGCUCAGGCUAAUCAGGGUCAUCCCGUACCUGUCAUAAUCAUGAGACAAGGAGCAUUGCUUAAUCUAUCAUUGACUCCUAGAACAUGGCAAGGCAGGGGCUUGCUAGGAUGUCAUUUUCGUAUCAUGUGAUUUUUCUGCAUCAAUGGAUCAGAAUACAGCAAUUUGGUUGCCUUUAUCUGUUAGACAACACUCAGACAGGCACAUUGACAUGAUUUUUUUUUCCGUCUAUAUAUACCUUGGAUUCUUGAGGAUAUGCCAAAUAUUUUGUUUUUGAAUGAAUCCAAUGUUUCUCUUGCACUGCUGAGAUGGGGUUUUUUUUAAGCUUUUAGAUUGAUCCUUCAUUAUUCCGUGUGCUGUGAGGUAAGGAAAGCUACUGCUGCUGUUAUUCUGUCACUUGCUUGUACAACUCAAAUCUAUGUCAAGAUGAAUGAAGUUAAUUUCUAGUAGGUGUUUCAGAGUCAUAGGUUUAAGGAGAAAUGACUGAUUUUUCAGCUAAAUGAUUAAUUGAGUUCUUGUUCUUAAGAA